CAACCGUGUAUCAGAUUAGAACGUUGCAAUCUAUCUGCCUGCUGCUUUUAUACUGCUGAAGUUGAAUUUUAAAAGUUUUGCGAAGAUUGUUGGAAUCUCAUUGUGAGAAUUGAGAUGGAGAUCCAUAGUAGCAGUCUUGAAUGGAAUGUCCGUAAUUUAAUGUUGUCGUUGCUGCACGUUGCUUUCGGUGAAAUAGAAGCUAACGUUAUGUCUGGUGCCCAACUAGAUAAUUGUAAAGAAAUUGAAAUACCUCAGAAUUACAGAGAAUCAGAAAGGGUGGGAAACGAGUAUGAGAGAUCCGCUUUCUUGAAGGAUGUAAAUAACUCAGAAAGUACUGAGGCAUUGGAUCUGAAAGAUGAAAAGGAAAUAACAAGCACAGACGAAGAAUGUGCUGCUUUUUACAAGUCCGUCAGAGAUGCUGAAUACAAUAAACUUGUUGACGCAUAUACAAGAGAAAAGGCAACAAAAGAAGAGAAAGAGAGAAAUUUGAUAGCAAGAGAGCAAGAAAAAGUAGAUUCGACUGAAGUCAAAGGCGAAUAUGCUGAUUUCUACAAAUCAGUCAGAGAUGCUGAAUACAAUAAACUUGUGGAAGCAUAUGUCAAAGAAAGGAUAAUGAAAGAAGAAAGGGAGGCUUAUACGAAAACAAGAGAGCAAGAAAAGGUAGAUUCGUCUGAAGUAAUAUCAGCCAAAGAAAUAACAGACGAAGACGAAUGUGCUGCUUUCUAUAAGUCCGUCAGAGAUGCUGAAUACAACAAACUUGUUGAAUCAUAUGCCAGAGAAAAUAUAAUCAAAGAAGAAAAGGAGAAAAAUAGGAUGACAAGAGAACAGGAAAAGAUAAAGAAGCAAUUUGAAGAAUUCUGGGAACCAACCACUAACAUUGAUUCUCUGCGGCAUGUUUCCCAAAAGGACAAUGAAAAGAAUGCUUGUACUCCUCAACAAGAACUGCACUUCAAAGUGGACCCAGUACAGAAUAGACAAACAGGACCAUUCCUUUCACCGGUGAAAGAAGAAAGAAUAAAAUCAUUUGUGCGAGAGCAGCAUUGUAAUUAUCAAAGCUUCCAAAAUACAGACAUGAGGAAUGCUACGAUCAACAGGGAACUGGACACAGCUGUAACAAUUAGUGAAACUGUUCCCAAUAAGAGGAGUUCUUUUCAACGGAUAGUCAAUAGAGUAUUUAAGAGAAGCAAGCCUUCAACAAAAGACAUCAAUGAUAAUCAGCGUGCAUUAAAAGAGGAACUAAAGUUAGAUUUGUCGACAUUGGAUGACAACACUGAGGAUGAAGAUAUACCAGACACAUCAAGGACGUCAGACAGUGAAUGGUUCAGUAUAAGUUUAAGUGACACAGAAGAAACUCCAAGACCACAUUUGAGGCCAUUCUUUUCGCCACUAGUAGACGAAAUUCAAGGUUCAACGAAUACUAGUAAAACUAAAGAAUCUGCAAUAGAUAUAGAAGUUGGCUUUCAAUCCAAACCUAACAGUAGAUUCACUGGUUUUCGACAGUGGUUUUGUCAACUAUUUUGUUGUCGUAGCAAACCUGAUAAAGAUGUUGACAAUUAUGUAUAA